AUGGCGAGGCGGCGCGGCGCCGGUGGGCGGGGCGAGGGGAAGUACGCCUGCGCGGUGGCGGUAGUGGCGGUUGUUGCUAGGCCGCAGGCGGGAGCGCUGAGGGGUUUACGGGGUACGGUGGGGCCUGCGUGGCGGCGGAGCGGGCGCUGCGGCCUAAGGGCGGCCUCCCCUCAGCCGCUCGGCCUCGGUUCUCCCCCGCUCCUCGGGGGCCUUUUCUCUCACUCUCUUCCCUCCGCAGCAUCUCCGCCGACCCAGGCCUGUUUCUCCGCACCCCCGGAGCGAGCCCCGGUGCUUCUCGCCUUCCGUCGCCGCUGCUCAAGGCAGGAAGAAAAGUUUUUCCGUCGCCUUGCGGGAAGCGACCAAAGGAACAAGAUGAAAACGAUGACGGGAUCAAACGAGUUCAAACUAAAUCAAACUCCAGAUGAUGGUAUUUCAUCAGUAAAGUUUAGUCCAAAUACAUCUCAGUUUCUGCUUGUUUCAUCGUGGGACACAACUGUCCGGCUCUAUGAUGUUCCUGCCAACACCAUGAGACUCAAAUAUCAACAUUCAGGAGCUGUCCUUGACUGUGCUUUUUAUGAUCCUACCCAUGCCUGGAGUGGAGGGUUAGAUCAGCAACUGAAAAUGCACGAUCUGAACACGGACCAAGGUAAGCAGAUUGAAUUCUGUAGGUGGUCUCAGCAGCUGGCCUAAGCUUCAGAUUUAUGU